AUGCCAGUGAAGGUGGGGAAGGGUUCCGCGGCUAAGGGGGCGAGAGGGGCCCGGAAAACGCCGGAAACGAUGGACGUUUUUGCAUCCUUCACCUCCCAGCUGGCCGUGAUGCAGGACCACGGCGGCGGUGCGGUGAAUGGCACCCCGCAGAAGGUGAGAAAUGCGAGCAACAACAAACAAAACGGGAACCAUCCGAGUGGCGGCGCGAUGAGGUCCACUCCGCGCUUCUUCAGGUCCCCCGCACUCCCAGAAAAAAGGAAUGAGUCACACUGUGCCCUUCCCACCGCUGGAGAGUGUCGCAGGAGCAUUGGUUUGCUGCGGCGUCUUUUGUUUAAGAAGGCUCCGGAAGACGCGAGGACACCGGUGGAAAGAAGUUCUCUGUCGGAGCCAUCGUAUGACCUUGCGUCUACGACUUUGGAGGAAGCAACAACAGCAACAGCAACAGCAACAGCAGCAGCAACAACAGCAAACUCGACAUCUGAGAAGGAACGAAAUAAUAACGCUACGGUGGGUUUAUUGGAGCAAGAUGAGGUGGAAAAUGUGCCACCGCCGCAGCAGCUGCCCAAUAGUGAAGCAAGUAUGGAACUUGAUGCCAACCAGUUGGCUAGCCACAACAUUCCAUCCGAGUGCUCUAGCCUGAACUCUAGCAUUGCGCAGACGCCGAAUGCUGCGACGGAGAAACUAAACGUGGAAAAGGCUUUGCAGGAAACUACAGAUCCGCAACAGCCAAAAGGGGAGAAUGGGGGUCUUUGCACCUUCAACUUGAAUGAGGCGGAACCCUUCACAGUCUACGAUGAAGAAGAUGAGGAGGAGGCAGUGCACCAGUACCUUGAGAAGCGCCAGACGGCAAGCGAUGCGUGGGGAGAUGAGAAAAGGGAGGCUUUUACACUGGAUUCCAUGGUGGAUUUGACGUCUAAAACGUCAUUGGGUGCAGAGAGUGUUUCAACAGGGCGCCAUUGUUCUGCUCGUCGCAAGCGGCAUCUUCCGUGGAGAUUGUUGAGUGGACAACCCGUCAUGACGGCAAAAUCGCGUGAUAUAACGAAUCAUCAUCGUUCCAUUUCACGGGGCUCACAAGAGUACAUAUCAGAUGCUGUUUGCCGCUCCAUGAGUCUGUACAGUGCGUUUUUUCUGGAUGAUGCGAAAAAGACUUGGCGCGUUGACGACCUUGUCCUUGCACGGAGCCUGGAAUACGUUGGACUCAUGGGAUACCAACAAUUGAUGCCAGUUCAAGACCAAGCAUCGCAAGAUGCGCCGUCAGCAAUGAUAAUGGGCAAGUUGGCCUCACCUAUUACGCGUGCAACAAAUGAGUUGCAAGGUGGUGUUGGUGAUAUGCCUUCGACUCGUUGGGUUUUAACUGGGGCACCGUGUAGAAGGGCUGAAACAACAGGUGCCUCCAACUUGUUUAUGCAUCCACGCGAGCCAGAACGUUGGAUAUCAGAACAAGAGUAUGUGUUAGGUGCCAUUUUCUCCUCCUGCGCAUGGUCCGAUCGUCACAGUUCGUUUAGUGCCACUAAUAAUAGCAAUACGGAUGGCCGCUUAGGCCCACAUUUGUCGUUAGACUGGCACCCAAUUCAACAAGUUGCGGCAUUUGUGCUAGAGCGUUUUCCACAUUGGGGUGGCGCAGAGGAGUUUGUAGAAACGUGGGAACGACAGGUGGGUAUUGUGCUUGGCACCGCCUCUCCAUCGCACCAGCGUGUGUUUAACUUUCCUGAGGAGGGUCUCGUGUUUUCCUCGGAUAUGGAGAGCGGUAACUUGGCACGGGUAGAGCGGACCAAGAGUGCAACAUAUCAGCAGUCCUAUACGCUAUGGUUGGAGCCAGAAUUAGGGUGUGCGCAGCGGCUUUGGUUUCGAUUUGCCAUUUCAGGUGCAAGACCUCACUGCGCCAUUUCCUUGAGGGUUGUUAACAUUCAGCCCAAUACGAAGCUGUACGCCCGAAAUGGCAUGCGUCCGGUGUGGCGUGCAGGAAAUUCCCCGCGCUCCUGGACGCCGGUGGGAGCGUGCGUGUAUCGCACCAUCAACAAUGAUGAGGAUGGGGAGUUGUCGUUUGUUAUUCUUCCUCGCUCUAGUGAUGUGGUUCAUGUGGCUUUCUGCGUCCCCUACACCUACGCCGACCUUCUGUGCCACAUUGUCAAUUGGCAUCACCUGGUAAAAAAAAGCUUUGGUGGGAUUCGGUUCGAGGAGCGGGUUUUGUGCCACACGCAGGACGGUCGCAAGUUGCACCUGCUCAUCAUCACGAGUACCACCGUCAAGGCACUCAUCACGCGCAACGGUCAACGUGAGAAGGAGGGAAAUAGCUUGUCGCGGCAGACCAUUCUUGGCCCGUAUGCACACUUUGAAACUGGUAAGAAAGUCGUACUGGUGAGUGGGAGGGUGCACCCUGGUGAGGUGACGGCGUCGCAUGGUAUUCAUGGCGUUAUUUCGUUUCUUCUCUCGCGCGACCCACACGCGGCGCUUGUUCGGGAGUACUUUAUUUUCUAUAUUGUUCCCAUGCUGAACCCCGACGGUGUUGCACGUGGCCACUCCCGGCUGGAUCAAAACGGCUUUAACCUGAAUCGGUGCUACAAUAACCCCAAUCCACGAGUACAACCCACUGUGACGGCACUGCGAAACGUGUUCGAAAAUCUGAAGCAAACUUACCGUGACCGGUUCUUUAUGUACAUGGAUUUUCACUCACACGCCUCACAGUCCAGUGGAUUUAUGUUUGGCAACUGCCUUCCCGAGACGGUGCAGCACUGGAACAUGGUGUUCCCCAAGAUUGUGAGCCUCCAUGCAAAAAACGUAUUUUCCUACCAACUCUGCCGCUUUGGGCGGGGGCACAUGGUAAGCAAGGAAGGCAGUUCGCGUGUGCUCUUUGGCGAGGGUCUCAUUCACUCCUACACCGUGGAGCUCACCCACUUCUCAAGCGACCGAAUGUUCGUGGACGGCGCCUCUGACGAAGAAAAUAACAUCAGCGAUAGAAAUCGUGCGACGGCGAGCGCUAGUGGCGACGGCGACAUGUGGGAGGCGAACUACGCCAAUACGCAAGAAACGCGGUUGCGCUCUGCCACAGCGGUGCGGGGCGAAAAGGGCGCAGCACCGCAAUCGACCACGGCGCGAUCCCGUUUGACGCGAGGAUGGAAACCGCGGCCCUCUCGACCAGGCGGCUCCAAACAAUGUGUGGAAAACGGCGGACCCCGCAGUAGAAGUGGCGAUAGAAAUAGUUCUGAAAGGCAUGACCCGCUGCGUUGUAUUCAGGUUCCAUGCAUCCUUUCGCAAAGCGCCGAGGUGGGUCGCGCAUGUGUUUUGGCGCUUUUGGACUACUGCGCCGUUGGCAACUACGCCUCCCCCCAGUUUGCCGCAAGUGGUGGACUUGAACGUACGCUGCGGGAGGUGAAGCGAAGCAUGAACCAGACCUUCACCCCAAGGCCUGCUGCAAACCGCUUGCAGCUUUUCUAUAAGCAGCGCUAA